AACGGGCAGAGAAGAAGGAAAACACCGCACGUACAUGGAUUAAUUUAAAUGACAAGACGCCAUCCAUAAAUUCAACGGAGGACGACGGCACCGUCCAGAAUGGAUUCGUGGAGACAAACACACACGUAGGAAACCGCGAAGUGACGGUGUUUCAGGUUGGAUGUCCGCGAAUGAGCGUUUUGUUUUCACUGACUAGCCGUGUUUGUGUCUUCUUGCUAGCUUAAGCCAGCGUAGCGUUAGCUGGUACGCGCAGACAAACAGCUUCUCCCUCCGGUAAAAUACCACUUGUCGCUAUUCUUGAUAUAUCACUCAUACACACAGGAGGGAGCCCUGCUGUGUGUGUUUGAUUGUAAUUUAAGAAACGUUCAUAAUUUGUUUCGGUCACUUUGCAGGUCAAGGCUGCAUUGAAACGUCCUUACUGUCAAAAACAAGUACAAAGUUGUCCUAAAAUAUCCAGGGCACGUUUGGGAAACCACACACUGUAUCUGGAGUGACUCGUCAGCAUUGCAACAAGUGGACACAAUGGAUGUGAUCUGGACUUUAGUCUUCACAGAAACAACACAGCAGAUACUUUGUAAAUAACACUUUACUGUCAGCCGGCAGGCUCCACUACUUUUUCCUCCAUCCGCUGACAGGGCACUUUACAAACAGUAUCCUGUGUUUGAAUUUGACUGAAGUGGAGGAAGACUUCCUUGUUUUAUCUCUGUGUCGACACAACUUAUUUUGGACUUAGCUUAGCAUAAGCUCUUCAGCUCAACAGUGAAGGAUGAAUGGCCUCUCUCUCAGCGAGCUCUGCUGCCUGUUCUGCUGCCCGCCGUGCCCCAGCCGCAUCGCAGCCAAGCUCGCCUUCCUGCCCCCCGAGCCCACGUAUACCUUUCUUCCGGACCCAGAGGCAGGCCCUGUUGCACCAGGGGCAACAGGGACAUCCAGCCUGCGGGCACGGAGCGGUGCAUCAGUUGCUGGAAGUGGAGGAGCCGGGGCUGUGGAGGGGAGAUGGAAGCUCCACCUGACGGAGAGAGCGGAGUUCCAGUACUCACAGAGAGAGCUGGACACGACAGAGGUUUUCCUCACUCGAUCCAGCCGAGGGAACAGAGUCGGCUGCAUGUACAUUCGCUGUGUUCCCAAUGCCAGAUUUACAGUGCUGUUCUCCCACGGUAACGCAGUCGACCUUGGCCAGAUGAGCAGUUUCUACAUCGGCCUCGGCACUCGCAUCAACUGCAACAUCUUCUCCUACGACUACUCAGGCUACGGUGUCAGCACCGGCAAGCCCUCUGAGAAAAACCUCUACGCAGACAUAGACGCUGCCUGGCACGCCCUGCGCACACGGUAUGGCAUCAGCCCGGAGAAUAUUAUCCUGUAUGGACAGAGCAUUGGUACAGUACCCACUGUAGACCUGGCGUCACGGUAUGAGUGUGCUGCCGUUGUUCUCCACUCGCCUCUAACAUCAGGCAUGAGAGUGGCCUUUCCCGACACAAAGAAAACGUAUUGCUUCGACGCUUUCCCCAACAUUGAGAAGGUGUCCAAAAUCACGUCCCCAGUGCUCAUCAUCCACGGGACGGAGGACGAGGUCAUUGACUUCUCCCACGGCCUGGCUCUGUUCGAGCGCUGCCCCAAGGCUGUGGAGCCUCUUUGGGUGGAGGGAGCGGGGCACAACGACAUUGAGUUGUACAGCCAGUAUCUGGAGCGCCUGCGCCGCUUCAUAGGACAGGAGCUGGCAGUACAACACGCCUGACCGUCACCACCAGGAUCCUCAUCAAUGUCGUCAUUACCAUUCUUCUGUGUCCAAGAGUCAUCCAAACCAUCCCUCAACGUCUGGGGGUGUUGUGCGUCACAAACUGAAGUGCUUCCUUUCCAGGGCACAGGAUGUCUUUAAUGGACCACGGUUUGAUGCAUCUUGGAGAAAAGUAACGUGUUCAUAAGCAUCAGAACGGCGUGAGUGUGAAAGACUUUGUCACAACCUGCGUUCUAGACUGUUGUUUUUGUAGCCGUUCACUUUAAGAGUCCAGCUGCUGUGUGAUGCGUGGCAGCAGAUAUAUUCCUAUACUGUGCAAUAACAUGGACAGUGUCCACAGGAAAGAAACUUUAAAUAAUGAAAAGAGAUUUAACAGAACAACAAACUGAUAACUAAUCAUGUAGAUCCAGUACGUUGUGGUCCACAUGGAGAAUUCCCAGCAAUUUUCCAGCCUACUCAUAGAGUUUGUGUGUAACUUUCAUUUUUGCUGUUAACCUAAAUGAAAUGGAUGAUGGUGAAUCACGGGAAACGCUAAGAACACACUGUUAAAAGUGCUUGUGACAUGUGUUGGGGAAUAUUAUGUUUUUUAAUCACCUUCUAGAAUAGCAAACAGAUUUGUAACAGAGUUCCCUGUACAGUCUAAUGCAAUCCAUUUUAAAGGGACAGUUCACCCCAAAAUCAAAACUACAUAUUUUUCCUUUUACCUGUAGUGCUGUUUUCAGUCUAGAUUAUAUUGGUGUGAGCUGCAGAGUGUUGGAGAUGUAGCGCCAUCGAGUUCCAUUAUAUUCAAGAGAAGGCAGACAUCUCUACCGCUGAUAUCUCCAACACCGUGCAGCUCACACCGAAACUAUCUAGACUGAUAAAUAGCGCUACAUGUAAGAGGGAAAAUAUGUUUUUUUGAUUUGAGGAUCAACUAACUAUAUUGUCGUUUCCCUGGGUUGGACUGCAUUAUACUGAACAGUGUUUCUAAUAUCCUAAAGCUUCAUGUGUGUACUUGAUACACACAUGCACAGAGAUGAAUUUUGCAUCUUUGAUUUUGUUUUUCACUGUACUGAACAUUUUGCUCAGGUAACCCUCUUUUAGACAUUAGGGUGGGUGUGUUCCACAUUUGUUUGUUUUUUUGUUUGAUAUGCAGCUGGCUAAAUCUCCUCAGAUCCUUUGAGCAAAGAUUUGUAGAAUCGCGCUCAUUGAGUGUGUGCGAUCUGUUGUUAUCCUUAAUUUAAAAUAACAAAGCAAACUAUGAUCCCAAAACGGAGGUACAGACCAAACUGUGAGUUUGGGGAGCCGUUAUUUCUUUCUAUGAUUUCUUCAGUCCUCUCUGCACAACAUCUGUAUCCCAGUGACGGAGAGGGACUGGCUGUUUUUAAGAAGUUCAAGAGGCCUCAGAAAAAAAAAAAUACCUCCAGCUCCUUCAUUUAGUGGAAUGUCU